AUGACAACGACAUCCGCAUUCUGGCAACAUCAACUAGUACACCGCAGCUACAAGAAGCAUUUGGGGUGGCCGAGGCGAAACCCUCAUUUGUCAGUGGAGACUGUGACUGAAGCCAGUGAAACUGUCUUUGCUCCCACCUUCACAAUCUCGCCCAGGGUUCAGAAUAUUGCAGUUGGUUCCCAGCUCCAUCCAUAUGCGAAGGUGGCAUUGUGUGUCUUCACUUGGGUGUCAAAGUCACGCAUUCCGCGUCUUUUUGGAUACUUAUGUCACGGCGACGGACGGUACAGGUAUCAGCACAACAAGCCCCGGCAUUCAGUGAAGAUGAUGUUCACAUUGCCAUUGAAAAUGGUCUCUUACUUCCAUCCCAAAGAGAUGCCUCCCUGCCCCUUGGAUGAUGGUGGCAAAUUUACCAAGCCAGUCAUGGAUUUUGAGGGCGUGUACAUCAAGGUCGCAGAUAAAGAGAUCAUGAAGGCGAGGGGUCGCCUUAUUGUACAGUUGAGCAUCAAGCACUCCUAUCCAUCUUGGUCAGGUUCUGCCCUCAGUUUCAGACGACUGAAAAUUUUGAUAACACGCAACACACAGUGUGAGUCGAAUGCCUUUCUCGAUACGUUUUCUGAAUCAAUAUCAGAAUCUCCACUCACAUCGGAUGAUGAGCUCUUGCAGCUGUCUUCGCCUUCUUCCUCGUCAAGCCCCAUAGCCUUAAACAUUCCUGAUGCAGAAGAGUUGUCGCGAGACUUGGCAGAACUUGCUCAGCUACGCCAAUCUGUGCAGAAAAAUCUUCGUCUUCGACCAAUAUGUUUGUUUAGCAGACCCAGACUGCUAUUCCAAGUGCUACCACUAUUACAUGGCGCCAAGAUCGACACCACCUGCCGGCAGUUUGAUUCAGAUUCUUCCUCUCCUAAAAGUGCAAGCAGCACAUACCUUACCCCUGUUGACAUACACUUUCCCAGUCCUCCUGCCUCAUCUCCCCCCGAACCUCCAAGCCGUGCCCGGAAGCCCCAGCAACACUCAGCGUCUAUGCCAUCUCCCCACAUUCCCACUUCUGCUAUGGAUCCCGCUGAAUUACUUAUUCGUCUCGCCUCUCCCAAUCGCCCACUCCUCAUCGACACCUGCACUCACUUCGCUUAUACCUUCAUCACCAGUGAUGAGGGAAAGCAAGUUUUUGAUUCCUGGGACAUUGACGGGGAUGUCUUCAUCGUUCAUGGGGAAGAGACUGAUGAACGGGAGAGAGAUAAUCCGGGCGUCAUUGCAUGGGCCCUCCUUUCAGUUCUUACAGGGUUCCUGAACCCGGACAAGGUGUGGUAUCUUUGCGGAGGAAUUGCAGGUGCUCAACUUCAUGCACGACUCCGAAAAUACAUCAUCAAUGCGCCCCAUUCUCCUCCUUCUCCUUGCCAAGCCUCUUUGCAACUGCCAAAACCACCCAAGAGCAUGAAGGGAAAGGCUUUCCUUCAACUUGACACCCACAGCACUGCUGGGCCUAGUAGUAGCGUUUAAAUAGAGCAGGCAAAUCAAGGUCAUGGGGGCGAAGUGGAAAGACAAGGACACUCACCAUUACCAGUUAUGCCUGGGCUCUCACUCACUCUUGAUAGCCCUAUAGAUUCUGACCCUCUGCCCUCCAAACUUGCCUUUCGUCGCCCACCUCCCCCGUGGAGAUCAAAUAAUGUCAAUGUUGACAGCGUCAAGGCAAAUGGAAUCAGUAAUGCAGAAAAUAGUGGUGCAGAGUGUGAGCAGACUGGCGAAACCCAUCAAACAUGCUGUGACAACUCUCCUGCGGCUUCAGAUUCACACAGCUCGACACUCCCUAUCACACCCUCGCAACAGGCCGUGUUUCUCCACCCACCGCCUGUGUCCCCGUCGCAUCUCACGCUUCUC